UGCUUGGCUAUCCGUCGCUCCUUCCACAACCUCAAUAUGGAGAGACGGCAGCUCUUCGGUUAACAUGCGAAAACAUUUUCAAUAGUCACUACUAUGAACACUAUCCUCCUCCUAAAGUCUCUCGUUCGAAAGCCACUAGAUAACUUGACGCAAGAGCCCUCAUCUACCCCAAUACCUACAUCACAACUCGCAGGCAUCACCGCCCUCCCUACGGAACUCUGGAGUAUCAUCAUCGAUUACACAGUUACACAGCUCGUAAACGAAGACAUACCUCCAUUCGACGAGCUUACAAAAGCACUUGAUCUGCGACUCGUGUGCCGGACGUUCAACAAAGAAGUCCUACACGCUUUGAACACGAAUAUAACACUCGAACAUUUCCCUCGUACAUCAUCUACCUACUUACUCCUUUGGUGGUCUCAUACGCAGCGCAAAUCUGGCCUCCAUACCAACCUCUUCACCUCUGCGAUUCUAAACACAGCCCAUACUACCAGUCUCCCCAUUGUCUCCCAGAAGCUAGCUACGCGUCUUCUGAAUUGUCUCACAGUAGCCGACAGUCUAUCCAGAUUACAUCAUGCGCCAUUCUAUGAAUACAUCGGAAGCCUAGAAGAACCUCCGCUAUGGGAUUUCUAUGCGGUGGAUAAGCUGCGCCGGCUAUGCCAUGCAGCAGCAUUGUCAGCCUGCUGUCAAGAGUACAUGUGUUGGCCUGAACAAUUUUACGCUAGAUAUGGGGAAGAGGAGAGACUAAUGGCGGAUGUGUGUCUAGAGGUUGCGCUGUUGGUGACUUGUGGAUAUGAAGUCAAGAGGAUUAAGAACGUGAUGAUUCGGCUUGCGAAGGCAGGGGAACUAAUAGGGCAUGAGACGGUGUCCAAGCGGUGAAGACGACGAGUUUGAAGACGAAGAAUAUACUUUAUCAUUCUUGGUAUCAACUAUCAUUUUCA